CACUCGACUGCGAGAUAAAUUUGUUUGAUCAAUUGCGGAUUUUUUGAUAACGAUCUUGCGGUUAUAUUAUAUAAUAUAGCUUGUUACCAUCGACGGGUUACAAUCGAACUCGAUGUUCGUUACAGUUUGAAUCGUUUUUGUAGUUAGGAUAGGUUUUGUAUUUAAUACAAAAUGAAGAUCACGUUAUUCGCCUUGUUCGUGGUGUUACCAUCUUUAUGCGUUUGUACCCCAUUACCCGAUGUCAGCGCUGCAGCUAAUUCUGGUUCUAACGCUUCAAUCAAUACCACUGGAGGAGGCAAUGUCAACGCCAACACCAGUUCCAAUUCCAAUGCUUCUAUCAACACCAACACUCCCCCUGCUGUACCUCCAACCGCUACGGUGCCACCAACUACACCUCCUCCAGAUGCAACGCAGCCACCCUGUGAUGGAACUCCACCACCACCACCACCACCACCCUGUGAUGGCUCUCAACCACCUACUUCUACACCUCCUGAUUCUACAUCUCCUCCAACUCCAUCUGGUCCAACUAGUGUCGAUGUGAAUGCGUCUUCCAACUCGAACGCCAAUGUUAAUCAAUCGGGCGGUCCUGGAGGUAAAGUUGAUGUCAACGCUUCGUCCAGCUCCAGUGCUUCGGUUACUGUCAGUGGUGCUCCAUGUGGUAAACCAGAUGUCCAAGGAUUCGAUAAUUAUUCAGUUCUUGUCAAGAACCAAGGAGAUGUUCAGAAAUUCGCCAGCCACAACUGGAUGGUAUGGAAAAGUUCAUCUUCGUCUACGAAGAUCGAAAGCCAAGAAUGUAUCUGUGCUCCUCGAUAUCUCGAUCAAAACUGCAAAGCUUCUCAAUACAAAAUCACUGUUCAAUCUGAAACCGACAUUUUGUACGAAGUUUGGGGUUACAACGGAGAGAAAGUCCUCUAUAUCCAGCAGAAAUUGAGCAUUACUAGUCAGAAAUUCCACAUUUACACGUCUCAAGUUGUCAGCAUUGCUGAGGCUGCCAGUGGUUCCCAACAAGUAAUUGCUGUACAAAAAGAGCAAACCAUUAAGGAAUAUUUCGAUAACGGUUCUUUCGCUAUAUUGGAUACCGAUAAUGAAACUUACAUGAUCUGUACAACUUCUGGACAAAACAGUGUCACUUUCAUCUCACUUAGUCAACAAGUCUACGAAAGCGUCGAAUUGAGACAACAAGUUUCGCAAAAGAUCGACCAAGUUUUGCAAGUGAAUAACCUGAAAUCGGCUCAAUUCGUCGAAGUCUCAUCUAAAUUCGAUGUAGACAUUACUCAAUAUAAAUGGGACCAAUGCAGCCAAGGAGGCGGUAACGGAACUCCUAGUCCCAAUGGUACUCCUAGUCCCAGUGGCAGUCCUGGUGGCAGUACCACUGUCAACGCUGGCUCCAAUUCAUCGGCCGAUGUCAAUGUUAAAAACCAAGGCAACGGUGACCAAACUGAUGUCAAUGCCAAAACUAAUUCGUCAUCUGAUGUCAAUGUUAAAAACAAAGAUAACAAUGGAAGUCCUACUACCGAUAUCAAUGCCAAAACUAAUUCAUCAUCUGAUGUCAAUGUUAAAAACAAAGAUAACAAUGGAAGUCCUACUACCGAUAUCAAUGCCAAAACUAAUUCAUCAUCUGAUGUCAAUGUUAAAAACAAAGAUAGCAAUGGAAGUCCCACUACUGAUGUCAAUGCCAAAACUGAUUCAUCGUCUGAUGUCAAUGUUAAAAACAAAGAUAGCAAUGGAAGUCCUACUACCGAUGUCAACGCUCACUCUGAUUCGUCGGCCGAUGCCAAUGUUAAAAACAACGGCCAGGGUGGUCAAACCGAUGUCAAUGCUAAAUCUAAAUCUGACGCAAACGUAUCUGUUAAUGGUGGUAGUGGUGGAGAUAGUGGUGGCUGCUCUGGAAAACCAACUCAGCAAGGAUUCACUAAUUACUCAGUUUUGAAAAUCUCCAGCCAAGAAUUCCAAAGCAAGAUCGACAAAACAACGUGGUACGUUGCUAAAUACACCCAAGCCACGGAAGAAGUUAAAACUGAUGUUACUGUAUGUGCUGAUCGAUACAUUUGCUCGAGCUGUAAAGCUGUUAAAUUCCAAUACACCUCCAAGGAUGGAUGUUUCGUGCUCAAAGAAUGGGGUUACGAUGGCCAGAACUUGAUUUACAUCCAAGAAAAAAUAUCUUUCGUUACGCAAGAUUUCGUCAUUUUGAAAGCCGAAGUUGAAAAUGUAAUGAAAGCUACCAAAGAUUCAAAUACUGCUGUAGGAGUUGAAAAUGGCGAUCAAGUCAAAACUUAUCUAAGUUCCGAAUACGCAGUACUUGGUACCGAUUACAAACAUUUCUUCAUUGGUCAAACAUCUUGCGACAAAGGUUCCAUCACAUUUGUCGCCUUCAUCCAAGAAAUCUACGAAUGCGAAGAAAAACAACAACAAUACUCUCAACAAAUCACUCAAAUCUUGCAAGCAAGCGGAAUCGACGAAUCGUCACUACAGAAACUUACCCAGAAAUUCGACGUCGACACCAACAAAUACAAUAAAUCCAAGACCGAAACCGAUGUCUCCCAGGAUGGUUCAAAAACCACCACCAAAAAUGAAACCGAGCACGCCGAUGGUAAAGGUAAAAGCGAAACUGAAACCACUGUCAGUAAUCCUCCAGGUGGUGGUACUGGUACCAACGUCAAUGUAUCGACCAACAGCGACUCCAGUGUAAAGGUCAAUACCGACAAUGGUGGUACUCCCCCAUGCACUGACUCGCCACCUCCAGCAUCUCAACCACCUUCUACAACUCCUCCACCUGCUACACCACCACCUUCAACUACUCCUCCUCCAGCUUCGCCUCCAUCUUCGGCUCCUCCAACUUCUGUGAACGCUAACUCUUCGAGCAACUCCAAUGUUUCAGUCAAUGGUCCGACUACCGGAAGUAUUACAGCUAAUUCUGCAUCUGAUGCUAAUGCUUCUGUUAAUAAUGGAAACGCGACUCCUUGAUUUGAUCACGUUGCGGUAAUUUUAAUGCGAUUAAGUAAAUCUAUGCAUCAUUCCUAUAUUACGGUUUAAAAUAAUUGAAAUAGUGGUAUAAGUUAUGUGAUUAAGCAAGUUGUAUUAACGUAAAAUAAAAAUUCUGUCAAAGCA